AGUGACACACUUGAAAAAAAAGAAUGACACAACAAUAUAGACCGAUUUGGACUUGACACACUGCAGUUAGAAUUAGUGCGUUGGAAUCACGCUAAUCGAAAAUCGCGUGAGCGCAGCUUAUCUGGUUGGUUGGUGCCAUCGAUACUUGCUGAGCACGACACUUUCACGCACGGACGCAUACGCACCGUCCACCUGUAAGAUAAGGGUUACAGUGAGAGACGGCAAAGAAGAGGGGUAGCAGUUCUAGAGAGAGAAAUUGAAAAACUGAGCUUCCGAGAGAGAGAGAGAGAGAGAGACAGAGAGAGAGGCAGUGUCGUUUGCUAGAGAGAGAAACCCUCUUUUUCUUCCUUAGAGAGAGAAAGUGAAAAAGUUGCGAAAGAAAGAGAGGGAGCGGAAGAGGAGGAUCUGAUCGUCCUGGAAGAGGUAAAGGAGCUUCAAACCCUAACUGUUCUUCGAAUAUCAGAUCUAUUCGCUCCUUCUCUCCGUCGCCCUUUCUCUUCAUCCUGUCUCUUCCUCCGCUUGUCUUUCUGUUUCUGUUAGUUAGGGUUUCGUGUUUGGGCUGGAAGAUUUAGGCGGUAGUAACUAGGUCUGAAGAAAAAGUUCGGUCUUUGCUGAUUUUACGGUAUUUUGGCUUUUUUGCCGGAUUGAAUUAGGUGUUCUUGCGACAAUUAGGGUUUUGCGGUGGCUGGAGAUUGUUUGGCUGAAAAGCCCUGGUUUUCUGUGCCAAUAUUAUGUUUCGAAGAUAAUCUUGUAGGGAAGACGGAAAAAGAGAGAGAGAAAGGGGAGAGUAAGUACGAGAAAAAGGAAAAGGGUAGUUAGGGUUUUGUAGUUACAUGUAUGGCGUCAGGGUCUGCUGUUGGAGGGGAAGGAGGAAAUGAUGGACCUAAAGAGAAGCCAAGGUACUCGGAGAGCAAAGUCUAUACGAGAAAAUCCUUCAAGGGUUUACGGAAUAACUUAACCAACAACAGCAACACGAAGGAAACCACAGCCAACGGCACUACCCUUAAUACCGCUGUUACCACCACAGCGACUGCACCACCAACUUCAGCUACAACCAAUCAGAACGGAAGUAACGAGAACAAGGCUGCUGACGGUGACUCAAUUAAAGUUUCUGAACCACUAGCCUUGGUAUUAGAAGACACAAGUUCUGCUCAAUCACAACUACAGUCAGAGCCAGAGCCACAGCCACGUGAUGAUAGCUCGAUUCAUGUUUCUGAAUCUCAAGCCUUAGUCUCAGAAAAUGCAGAUUCUGCCAAGCCACAGAUUGCUGCCUCGGUUAGUGUUUCUGAACCGCAAGCCUUACUGUCAGAAGACAUUGGUUCUACCCUUCCUGGUUGUGGCUUGAAUGAAGUUUCUGAACCGCAAGUCUUGGUAUCAGCAGACACAGGUUCCACACAGCGGACCCCGGACGGUGAAUCUAUUAGAGUUUCUGAACCUCAAGCUUCAGUGUUAGAACACUUAGAUGUUAGUGUUUCUGAACCGCAAGCCUUACUGUCAGCAGACAUAGGUUCUACCCUUCCUGGUUGUGGCUUGAAUGACGUUUCUGAACCGCAAGCCUUGGAAUCAGCAGACACAGGUUCCACACAGCGGACCCUGGACGGUGAAUCUAUUAGAGUUUCUGAACCUCAAGCUUCAGUGUUAGAACACUUAGAUUCUGCUCAUCCACCGGAUGGAGCCUCAAUUGAAGAUCCACAAACGCAAGUCUUGAUGUCAGAGGUCACAGAGUCUGCUCAGCCACAGCAACAACAGGAACAAUAUCCACUGCAGCCGCCCCAGAAGCAACCCCAACUGCCAGGACUGGGGCAGGAGCAGGAACAACAGGGAGACCAAGUGCACGAGCAGUCAGGGUCACCAAAACAGCCAGAGCCACAGGAGCGACAAGGGGAGCUGUCACAGGAGCUAUCAGGGCAACAGAAACAGCCCGAACAACAGGAGCCACCCCCACUGCCUCCUCCCUUACGUGUGGAUGUGAUCUCAGAUGACUCCUCCAACCACCAGAGGCAGCAGGUCGAUGCUGCAGCUGGUUUACAGGGGGAGGAAGAUCCAGCAAGUAAUAGUGCUGGAAAGGAAGCUCUGGAAAGCAGAAUAAAGAUAAAUUUAUCUUCAGUUUCCAAGCAGGAGAUGAGAGAGAUCAGGAGGAAGCUUCAGAAUGAACUCAAUACUGUGAAGAUGUUGGUGAAGAGAAUUGAGGCCAAACAAAGUCAGCUUGGUGUUGCCACUAUCAGCAGUUCGGUUCCUUUGAGACAUAGUGUCCUUGAUAGUAGAUUGACAAGGGUAAAUUCAAAUGUAGGAUCUGUUGGUGUUCCUCGUGAAGUCACUGCUACUGUUACUACUCCAACACCGAGGCAGACUCGGCCUUUGCAUCAGCUUAGUGUAUCUGUGCUGGAGAAUAAUCAGGGUGCAGCUGAGAAUGUCGAGAAAGAAAAGAGAACACCAAAAGCUAACCAAUUUUACAGGAACUCCGAGUUUUUGCUUGCGAAAGAUAAGUUCCCCCCUGCUGAGAGUAAUAAGAAGUCAAAAUCGAGUAGCAAGAAGCAUGGCUCUGAUAUGGCUUUUCGAUUUGGGUCACAUACCAAAAUAUUCAGGAAUUGCUCUUCUGUACUUGACAAAUUGAUGAAGCAUAAGCAUGGGUGGGUGUUUAAUUCUCCAGUUGACGUGGAGGGUCUUCGAUUGCAUGAUUACCACACCAUUAUCAAACAUCCUAUGGACUUGGGAACAGUGAAGGCAAGACUGAAUAAGAAUUGGUACAAGUCACCAGAAGAGUUUGCAGAAGAUGUGAGACUUACAUUUCAUAAUGCCAUGACGUACAACCCAAAAGGUCAGGAUGUUCAUAUAAUGGCUGAACAGUUGCUUACUAUGUUUGAGGAAAGGUGGGCUGUUGUGAAGGUGGAUUAUGAUCGAGAGACAAGGCUUGUCCCUUAUGAUAUUGGUUUUCCAACACCUACAUCCCGGAAGAUUCCUUCACUGUCAUUGCCUUCCCUUGAUAUGAGAAGGAUUUUAGAUCGAUCAGAAUCGAUCACUUAUCCAUCUGUUGACAUCAGACAGAGACCUGUUGUUACUACUCCAUCAGGUAGGACCCCUGCUCCAAAAAAGCCCAAGGCAAAGGAUCCGCACAAAAGGGAUAUGACGUAUGAGGAGAAACAGAAGCUUAGUACAAAUCUUCAGAGCCUCCCUUCGGAUAAGCUGGACAACAUCGUACAAAUAAUUAGAAAGCGAAACUCUGCACUUUUACAACGCGAUGAUGAGAUUGAAGUGGAUAUUGAUAGUGUUGAUGCAGAGACUCUGUGGGAACUUGACCGGUUCGUGACCAAUUACAAAAAGAGUCUAAGCAAGAACAAGAGAAAAGCUGAACUGGCAAUGCAGGCUAGAACGGAAGUGGAGCGAAAUGUCCAGCAGAAGGCCCUUCUUUCAUCUGCUGCUGAUCCCCCUAAAGAAGCCAAUGAAGGUGAAAGAAAUGUUUCGAAUGUGUCUCCUGUACAAGUGGACAGACAAGCAGAUAAUGGGAGUAGGUCAAGUAGCUCGAGCAGUUCCAGCAGUGGUUCUGGUUCUUCAUCUAGUGACUCUGACAGUGACAGCUCCUCAGCAUCUGGAUCUUGAUAUAGGGCGCUAACUCUUGGUAUGAGUAGUUCAGGUGGGCUCUUAUCAUCCUGCUAUUUGGGCACAUGUUGCAUAUUAGGUCUAAGCAAUUUCUGUGAAUUCCGUCAAUGCUUAUCACUUGCUGAGAAUACGAUCUACAGAGUUUGGUCUUGUAAUUACUAUUGAUUAUUGACAAACCAUGUUUGUUUUAGGAAGAGUUGGAACUUGGUUUAUAAUUUUUCGAAGCUGGGUUCGCAUGGAUGAUUGGUCAUUGUCUCUCUUCCAUGUAAUGUACUGGAUAUCAUAUUUUAAUUUUCUUCCUAUAUGCCAACCUUUGGUGUCAGCUUUUCCUGGUUAGAUCUGGACUGGCCUUUAUCUGCACUCGAAGUGGCUUAUUACUUGAAUUUGAAUUUUUUUAGAAAAUCUGAUUGCUUUAGAGUGCUUCUACUUGGUGUUGUCUUUCCUUUCCAACAUAUCAUACUUUGCAGCUUAUGGGAAAAAGGGGUAGAUAUUGUAGUAGUUUGCUGGAGUAAUCAUUUGAUGUGAGGUGUUUCUGAAGUUUUCUGACUGUUGUUAAAUUUUCUGGUGCAGUUGGAUGUCAAGAGGUUUAGGAGUAGGUGGCAGGUUCCCAAUUCAAAUGAUUUGGUGUGUUUGAGGCCGUCAAUGUCAUUAGGGAUCUGCAUUGUGUGUACAGGCUCAAGAUUGGCAAUAGUUGUGCCAUGGCUGGAUAGUGGGUCUGGUUCUCGCAAACUGUUGUCAUGUCUGAUUUCUUCUAUCCACAAGUACCGUAUUUUGUUGGGGGUGAGAAAAUUGUAUAAUAUGUAGUAGCCAAAUUGUGGUUGAUUGAUUAGAUGCGAGAUUGGGUUGUUUCUGAUGAUGAUAUAUCACAUUGUACAUGCCUAACUAGUGCAACUUUCCCUGAGUUGUGGGGCCGUUUACUCAUGUGCCAGCAGAAGGCAGAUUCAGGAUGCCUACAUAAAGAAAAAUUUAGCCUGCAG